AUGAAAAAAGCUCAGAUUGGUUAUUACCGAAGAAGUUCUCGUUUGAAAUUCGAUUCUUCUCACUCAACUCUUCGUCUCGUCGAAAUGGCAUCGCAAUUUCUCCGUUCAACAAACUCGCGGUAUGUCGCUGGAGUGCUCGCUGCUCUUGGAGCCGGAUCCGCAGUCUACACACUCACUCCACAGCAACUUCAAGCCAAAUCCGAAGUCGACGCUGCCACGAUCAAGAAGAUCGAGGAGGCCUACGCCAAGCUCAAUGGUCCAGAAGGAGCCAAGUGCAAGUCGCUGCUCAAGAAGCAUUUGACCAAGGAAGUCGUCGAGAAGCUUAAGACAAAGCGCACAAAGGUCGGAGCAACCCUUUACGACUGCAUCCGGUCAGGUGUCUACAAUUUGGACGCCGGAGUUGGAGUCUACGCUCCGGACGCUGAAGCUUACACUUUGUUCGCUCCAUUGUUCGACAAGAUCAUUGAGGAUUAUCACGGAUUCAGUCCAAAGCAGAAGCAACCACCAGUUGAUCUUGGAGAGGGAAAGACUAAGGAAUUCCCACCAUUGGAUCCAAAAGGAAAGUACAUCAAGUCGACGAGAAUCCGAUGUGGACGUUCUUUGAAGGGAUAUCCAUUCAAUCCAUGUCUCACUCAGGACAACUAUCUUGAGAUGGAAGGAAAGGUGAAGAAGGCGUUCUCUGAAUAUUCGGACAAGGAACUCAAGGGCAAGUACUAUCCAUUGGAUGGUAUGGGCAAGGAUACUCAGAAGCAGCUGAUUGCUGAUCAUUUCCUGUUCAAGGAGGGAGAUAGACAUCUUCAAUACGCAAAUGCCUGCAACUUCUGGCCAAAGGGACGUGGUAUCUUCCACAAUAACGACAAGACUUUCCUGAUUUGGGUGAACGAGGAAGAUCAUAUGAGAAUCAUUUCAAUGCAAGAAGGGUCUGAUGUCGGAGCUGUGCUUGACAGACUUAUCAAGGGAGUUCGCGGAAUUGAGAAGCAGGUUCCAUUCUCCCGUGAUGACCGUCUCGGAUGGCUGACAUUCUGCCCAACAAACCUCGGAUCAACAGUUCGUGCAUCCGUCCACAUUGCUCUUCCAAAGCUCGCCGCCCGCAAGGACUUCAUCGAGAUUUGCGAGAAGCUCAAUCUCCAAGUGCGCGGAAUCCACGGAGAACACUCGGAUUCUGUUGGAGGAGUCUAUGACAUUUCUAACAAGGCUCGCCUAGGACUCUCGGAAUAUCAAGCUGUGAAACAAAUGUACGACGGAGUGAAGAAGCUAAUUGAAAUGGAGGAGAAGCAGAAGUAAACUGGAAGAAGAAGAAAAACUCGUUUAGUCAUAUUGUAUUUCUCUAUUAACUAUUUAAAUAAAUGGUAGUAGAAUG